ACAAGGCCCGCUUUCUCCAUGCACAGACUGGGAAAAAGGGCAACAGCCGGUUGGUUGAUUUUGCUUCGAGGUCGGACAAGAGUAAAAUACUAUCAAAGUAAGUGAAUGGUCUGGACUCUUUACUCUGGCUAUUAUCCACAUCCAACCACAUCCGACAAUCCGUCUCAGCAGGUCAAGAGGUGGAUCCCAUACCAAGCCUAGUUGUAUAGGUAGGUAGGUACAAAGUUCCGACGGAGGAUUUAAUCCUUUUUCUUCCCUUAUGGUACCUUUUCCCUGAUGCGCCCAUUGAUAAAACCCAAAACCCCAAAUACCGCCUCGUCUGCUCGCUGACCCGGCCCAUUCCCUACCAUUUUCUAUACACUUCUUCCUUGUUCAGGUUCUCUUGUUUGUUCACGCACACGCACACGCACACACUCACACGCACACCCAACCCGACUCUCACCUAGAGCUCCCACUCUUUCAAACUCUCAAAAUGUUAUCCCUCUCCCGCACCGCCCCUCGCCUCGCGACCAGGUGUCGCACCACCACCACCACCCGCCCCCUCCUCGCGACGCUCGCCACCACCCAGCAGCCCAGCAAACCCCGCUUCUCCAGCAGCGGCGCGACGACAAGCCUGCCGGAGUUCUCCCUCAAGGACAAGGUCCUCGUCGUGUCGGGCGGUGGCCGAGGUCUGGGAUUGGUGCAGGCCGAGGCGCUCCUCGAGGCGGGAGCCAGGGAGGUGCACGCCAUCGACCGGCUCACGUCGCCAGGCGAGGACUUUGCGCGCGUGGCCGACAAGUUCUCGGCGGCGUCGGGGAGCGGCAGCGCGCUGCAGUACCACCGCAUCGACGUGCGCGAGUCCGAGGCCCUCAACGGCGCCGUCGAGGCCAUCGCGGAGCGCCACGGCCGCAUCGACGGUCUGGUCGCCGCCGCCGGCGUGCAGCAGGCCACACCCGCCCUAGAGUACAACCAGGAGGACUCUGAUCGCAUGCUGGGAAUCAACGUCACGGGCGUCUUCAUGACGGCCCAGGCUGUCGCCAGGCAGAUGGUCAGGCUCGAGCAGGGCGGGAGCAUCGCGCUGAUUGCCUCUAUGAGCGGUACUAUUGCAAACAGGGGUUUGCUUUGCCCUGUAUAUAACGCCUCCAAAGCCGCAGUCAUCCAGCUCGGCCGCAACCUGGCAUCCGAGUGGGGCCAGCUCGGCAUCAGGGUCAACACCAUCUCGCCCGGCUACAUCGUGACGGCCAUGACGGAGGACCUAUUCAAGGAACACCCUGAGUUCCGCACCAACUGGACCAAGGAGAACAUGCUGGGCCGUCUCAGCACUCCCGAGGAGUACCGCGGCGCUGCCGUCUUCCUGCUUAGCGACGCCAGCAGCUUCAUGACCGGUAGCGACCUCAGGAUAGACGGUGGCCACGCCGCGUGGUGAGAGACAGCAGAAAGGACAUGUGGGUGUUUUUAAGAAAGCGAGAUCUCAUUUUUCUUUGGAUAGUCAGCCGGUUUGGCGUUGGUCGUUCUUAUCUUUGGGGCUUUUUAUAUUUCUUUUUGCCUUUGUCAUGGUCCUGCGACGCUGCAUUCGGGUUUGCUCUAGAGUUGACAUGUCUUUAUAUAUUCGGCAGUAAGCACAGAAAACCCUCAAUUUGCUCAGUAUAUUUUGCAUGGCGUAAUGGAUAUCAUACAGUGGUGUUACAAAAGAUUUGAACCUCGGAAAAAGUAAGAAAUAAAAAACAUGACGGCACAGCAGAAAGCCA